AUGCGGUGGCAAAACCAAGCAGGCUCAAGUCCACAAGCGCAGCAGCCAAGAAGAGAGGAUAGCGACCGUAGGAGCAGCGUGCAUGCCGCCCUCGCGUGCCGCGGCUGGCUCGUCAUGACUGAUAUGUUCGUUUUCUACUUCAUGUAUGAUCUGCUGUUUUCUCGAACUACCGUCGCUCGGCUCGGACUCCGACUCCGCCCGUCGGUGGUCCAGCUCCUGGCCACCCACGCCGACAUCAGCGGCCGCGGCGACUGCGGCCGCUUCCUCGUCACGGAGUGCGCCGGGCCGAUGAACCUGCGCCAGCACAUGGAGCUCCGGCGCCGCGAUGGCCUGCCGUUCGAGGAGGGCGAGGUGCGCGACGCCAUGCGCCAGCUCCUCGCCAGCGUGGAGAGCGCGCAUGGCGCGGGCGUGCUCCACACGGAGAUCGUCCCGGAGAACGUAGCCGUCGGCCAGGAGGACGUGGUCUCCGACGGAGCGGUCGUCGGGAGGAGGAUGGUCUACAAGAUCUGCGGCUUCGGCAUGUCGGAGCCGGCGGCGCUGGCGGCGGCGGAGAAGGACGACUCCGGGCUGCUGGCGUCGCCGAGCCCGUACCGCGCGCCGGAGCCCUUCCUGGGCUCCAAGGACUACGACGGGCGGGUCAACACGUGGGGGCUCGACUGCAUCAUGGCGGAGCUCCUCGCCGGCACCGGCGUGCCGUUCUUCGGCUGCAAGCUGGACACCGGGGUCCUCGAGAAGAUGCUGUACGUGGUCGGCGCCAGGGGCAUCGUCAAGUGGCCGGGGCUGGACCGGGUGACGGCGCACGACCAGGCGGCGCGGCUGCGGAAGCUCUACCGCCGAGACCGCGGCCACCUGCGGCAGGUGUUUCCGAGGGAGGUGCUCUCUCUGGCAGGCUACAAGGUCUUGAAAGGGCUGCUGCGGAGUCACCCUGAUCGCAGGCUGACGGCCGCGGGCGCCCUCCGCAUGCCAUGGUUCCGGCGCCGUGGCUUGGGUGGCUACUUUGGUGGAGCGGUCUUGUCAGCCAACUAG